AUGCCCAUGCCCAUGCCCAUGCACAUGCCCCUCUCCCCAUGUCCACAAUCCAAUCCAAUCCAAUCCACCUACCGUGCCCACGAAAAAAUCCACCCCAGGCCCUCGCGUUCCUAUCCCGCCCGGAGGCAGCCAAUUGCGGGGCGGGAAAAGAUGAGGCUGUAG